AGUGAAAAGUUGCCAUGAUUCCUGUGGAAUCUCUGGGGGUCAGCCUGAAAGAAGACAGUAGACUAACUGUGGUAUUUGAACCAACCUGGCAUUCCAUUGCUCCUGUCACUGGUGUUCUAAAUAAGUUUGAUUUUGGAGACUUUGUGGCUACAGAUAACAAUUUAACUAUUUCUCAAGAACGAGAGAAACUUGAAAUUGCUAUAGUAGUGCUAACGUGUCAAGAUGGUACCAGAAAGUGAUGAUGAUGAUAAUGAUGGUAGUGACAGUUCAUGGGGAACAAGUGAUGGAAGAGCCAACAGUGACCAUUUCAGAAGCCCUGGCAAGUGUAGAGUGUCUUUGGAGAUUCCUCUCCAUUCAAGCAGAUGUCCCUGACGAAGUGUUGACUCUGUAAGUGGCGUAGAUGAAUAUUACAUGACCACUACAAAAUGAACUGUUUUGAAAAGCAGAACUCCCAAUAUUCACAACUAAUGAAGUGCAAAAAUAAUGCUUUUAUAAAGUCCGUGAAACAGAAGACCUAAUGAAUAAGGAGUACUUGCGUAAACAAAGCCCCAUUGAGGAAUUUGUCAGUGUUUAAAUUGAAAUGUUUGACUCUUAUUUCAAAGCAUUUAGUGGAGUUGCAGCAUUUCACCCAGAGAAUUUUAUUGUCAUUGAGACUUUCUUUGGAAUGUUUCUUUCUCAACAUCUUCCCCCUUCCUCCCCUCAGCUUUAGGUAGCAGGAAUGAGAAAGAUAAGCAUUUGCCUGGUAGUACCUAAACCUGUUGCCAUCAGGUCGAUUCUGAUUCAUAGCAACCCUAUAGGACAGAGUAGAACUGCACCUGUAGGGUUUCCAAGGAGUGGCUGGUGGAUUUGAUCUGCCGACCUUUUUUGAUAAGCCUCUGAGCACUUAGCCACCCCACUAUCAGGGUUCCUGGUACUACCUAGAAGAGAAGAAUGUUCCCAAAAUGUUGACACUCCAGUUAAGAGAACGAGAUGGCAAAAGACACACUUAGAUUUAAUAGGAAGGAUAGAUUUAGAAUAAAGAAAUAGCUAAGAGAGAAAAGGAUAUUCAGAGGGAGAGAGCAGAGCAUGUUCUUCCCAGAGAGUCGCAGACAGGCAAAGGGGAAGUGAGUAUAGCUAGUUAUCCUAACUGCUUGGGGCAUGUGCUUGGAUGGGCCAAAGGAGGAAGCCAGAGGGGGAGGUGGGCCAGGGGCAAUGAAACUGUAGAAUAUAUUGAGUAAAAGAAUGCUGAUAUUUCCCUCAGGUUGGGAUCUGGAAAAGGCUACUGGAAGGUGAGAAAGAGGGAAAAUGGAAAAAAAAAAAAAAAGGGGGGGUGUGGAUAACCCACUGACCACUCCAUAUCCUUAGUACCCCCUUAAUGUAACAGGAUACAUGUGAUUCAGACCGACAAAAAUUCUUCAGACUUCUGUAAAAGUAGCAAAACAGCCUUUGUCUACCUCAUGGGUAUGUGUUGAGAUGAGAAAUAAAAUAACAAUUUUAUGAAACAAAAUCAUAAAGCACCAUUUACAAAGUGUGUUAUGCAGAGUAACAAGAUAAUUGACUGUUUUCGGUAUGUAUCGGUCCCGGAAUUAAAAAAAAGAACAAGAGAAUGAUUUUUAAAAGGAGCUUGUGAAACACUGUUAUGAAAGAAAAAAUGUCUCUUCUUUUGAUUUUAGGUAAUAAAUCAUCAUUGAUCAAGAUGUCUUCAGCACCUGAGCCCCCAGCCUUUAAAAAUGAGCCGCCCAAAGAGAAAGACUUUCGAAACCCAGGGCUCAGGAGUGUUCGCACAACGACCUUAUUUCGAGCUGUGAAUCCAGAGCUUUUCAUUAAACCUAACAAACCGGUAAUGGCUUUCGGAUUGAUAACCCUUUCACUUUGCGUGGCAUAUAUUGGUUAUCUACAUGCAACAGAAGAGAAUAAAAAGGACCUCUAUGAAGCUAUUGAUAGUCAGGGACACAGUUAUAUGAGGAGAAAAACAUCUAAGUGGGAUUAACAGUGCUACGGAAUUUUAUUAAAGGCUGCAACAUCUUCAAAUGAAAGACUAUGAGUGCACAGUGUCAUGUUUCUUGUUCUAGAAUAUGUUAAUGAGGAAAGAAGAUAGCAGUUGCAACCAGACCACUAUAGUAAAUUUUGUCCUUUCAAAGCUGUAGCCAUUAUCUCUUUUUUUCCACAGAAAGAGCUUCUCAAUGUUUCUUCUUAUUAAAUUCUCUUAUGAAAGUACCGUAAGAAUGAAAGUAGUUUUUGUAAAUUAAGUUUUCUAUAAUAAAAGUAUGCUGUGCUGUUAAAUUUGUACGGUAUUUUCAAUAUUUUAAGGUGACUUGUGCAUUUGUAGCUGUUGUGAGGGUUUAAUUUUGUUUUGCUGUUUGCAGAGGAAAUGUUCUUUUUCUACCUGGAAUAGAACUGGUAUUCGUGAAGAAAAGGAAGUUAUAAUUUUAAAGCCUGCAGACAACAUUAAGGUGUGAGAAAUGGAAACUGAGUUGGCGGUGAUAAACACUUUUUUACAGAAUCACCACUGCUUCACAUACUUUGGUUUUCCAUUUCAGCUCUUUUUCGUAUAGAAUUUUAUUUUAAUUGAAAAGAUAUCCUUACUCAACUACUAAAGUAAAUAUUAAGAGAAUAGCCCAAUGUAAUUGGGGUUUUGCUUUAAAAAAAAGGAUGCUAUAAUGAGGUUUGAUGUUUUUAUUUGACUACAACUAUCUAUCUUACUUUUUGUAAAUUAAUAUGUCACAGUGAUUUUAUAAACAUAAGAACGCGUGUCCUUAUAGUUAUUUAAA